UUGACAGAUAGUCUUAGUUUUGUUGUGAUUCUUGGAACAUUAAUAGAAACAUAGAAAGUUAUAAGUAUUUAACGAAUUUUCAAAUUUUUAUUCAAUUCGUUGCAGUGUAUUGUAUUUUUCCAUAUCAUAAAUAUUAAUAGAAGUUUUGCCAAGUAACAGUUUGAUAACAAGUUAGAGAAUAAAAAUGACGAACCUAAUACAGAAUAUCAAAAAAUUCUUCACAUAUUGGUAUUUAAGAUAUUUAUUGGUAACAGAACUGUACAUGGUGGAGACUUGGGAGAAGAUUGUAAUCCAGUCUAUUUUCGUGAUUAUCUUCGGUCUUUACUCAUACUUCAACUAUUCCAUACUGACACAUGGAGUAUCACAUCUGGGAAGAACAUUGCAGAAUACAGAAUAAAGGAAAAUAGAUAUUAUUAUGGCAUACCAAAUAAUUACGAAUAAGAUUUUUAUAAAUGUUUUUAAUCAUGAUUUUAUUAAGUAAAUAAAUAAUCAAUAUAUCUGUAUAAAUGUUAAUACAUAAACAAAAUGUUAAUUUAACUAUAAUGUUAUAUGUUUCAUUCCAAUCUCAUAUUUAAAUAUAAAUAAAACAAGUUUUAUAAA